GGUCCAUUUGGCGUGAUUUGUCAACAGAACAGCACUUGAGCGCACCUUCAAGUUGCAAAGCUCGGAGGAUGGAGCCUGUGAGUUAGCCGUGAAGGCAGCACCGUAGUGUGUACUGUCUACCACUUGUUAGAGCGGCAGACUUGAGAGUUGCUGCUAACUGACACAGUAUGGUGUGAACUUCAGUUUUGAUAUCUCUUUAUUUUACAUUACAAACGACUCUUUCUCUUUUAGGGUUUGUUUUCGGUCUUGAUGACUCAUCAUUAGCCUCUCGAUGUUUAUGUCACCGUUUUAUAUUUUUUACUAACAAUUUGGCAUAUUUUUUUUUAAGUGAACAUCUAUGUGACAGAGGAUCGGUGUAACCCUGACAUGGCUGAGUUACUGCCACAACAGCCGCAGCCGGGCGAUAUAGACCCGGACUUCGAGCCUCUCUCUCGCCCGCGGUCCUGCACCUGGCCGCUGCCCCGGCCGGAGCUCAUCGACCCGGCCAGCUCUAACACAUCCUCCCCAGCACCGUCUGUACAGCAGGAGCCAGCAGCAAACGCCGAGUUCAUCAGAAACCUCGACCUGUUGGAGGAGGACUAUAAAGAAUACUCCGAGCAGAAACCGCUUUGCAAUGUUUUUCAGUGCCGGGACAGCAACUGUGUGCAUCAUUACCCCCACCAACAUCAUCAUCAUCACCAUCAUCAUCAGCUCCAACAGCAGCACCAGGUCCCGGGUCCACAGCUGUCGUCCCAGCAACAGGUGCCAAAUCCUGGGGUCCCACCUUUGGGUGGACCCGGGCAAAGGAAGAGCAGCUCGUCCCGGCGAAACGCCUGGGGGAACAUGUCGUACGCAGACCUGAUCACCAAAGCCAUAGACAGCUCACCUGAGAAGCGGCUGACCCUGUCUCAGAUUUACGACUGGAUGGUUAAGAGCGUGCCUUACUUCAAAGAUAAAGGAGACAGCACCAGCUCCGCGGGCUGGAAGAACUCCAUCAGACACAACCUGUCCCUGCACAGCCGCUUUGUGCGCAUACAGAACGAGGGAACGGGAAAAAGCUCCUGGUGGAUGCUGAACCCAGAGGGAGGAAAGAACGGAAAGUCACCUCGACGCAGAGCUACCUCCAUGGACAACAGCAAUAAGUUUGUCAAGAGCAGAGGAAGAGCCGCAAAGAAAAAGAUGGCUCUACAGGAAGGGCUUGAAGGAGGAGCAGGCAGCCCCAGUUCCCAGUACUCUACCUGGAUUGGAAGCCCAAACUCCCACAGCAACGAAGAUUUUGAACCCUGGAAAACAUUUAGGACACGUACCAGCUCUGAUGCCAGUACUCUGAGUGGUCGCCGUUCACCUUUCCCUUCUGAACAGGAUGAUGUGGGGGAGUCGGAUGGCCACAUAAUGUAUCCUGGAGUUGCUGGUGCUAAGAUAACCUCGACCCUGCCCAGCCUGUCUGAGGUGUCUGGAUCCAUGGGACAGCAUCGCUCAGAAAAGGUCAUGGAUCUGCUGGAUAACCUUAACUUGCUGUCUCCUAAACCCUCCCAGCUCAGCUCUGACUCCUCACACUCCCCGCGCUCCUCAAACGCCAGCAUGCUUCAGAGUAGCCCCUAUAACUCCACUGGACUGACCCCACACCAGCAGCAGGACUACCAGAAGUGCUUGUAUAGUCAGGUGAGAAUGCACUCCCUGUCCCCUGCUCCUAUGCAGACACUUCCAGAGGCUAAGCCCAGCUUUGGGGCUUAUGAGAACCAGUAUAUCUUCCCUUCUGGGCUGCUGACAGGAGAACCAGACACUAGAAGGGACAUGCUGCACUCUGAAGUUGGGAGGGCAAGUUGUCCAUUACCUACUUAUAGCAGCCAAAGCCAUGUGGGUGGUCAUAAUGGAGUAAAAAUGAUGAAUCCCUCUCAGAGUCACCCACUUCCUCGUGUAAAUCCACAUACUCUGCAUAGACAGGGUCCAGCUGCCUCACAAGACUUGAAUAGCUGUAACAUGAUACCCCUGACUAGCCUGACUAGCCAUUCAGGAACCUCUCUUCGAAUGGCUGGUCCAAGGACAUGCAUGCAGCUCCCCCUCGGACUCCCUCCACACACUAAUGAUGCCUCAGCGACCUACGGCAGCAGCAACAGCUACAGAGAACUCAACUCUGUACAUCCACACAGUCAUCAUCAUCAAGAGCAUCUACCCAGUGAUCUCGACAGUGUGCCUACUGAAAGGUUUGAAUGUGACUUGGAGUCUGUCCUCCACGACACACUCAUGGAUGGUGGGGGGCUGGACUUUAAUUUUGAUCCAGCAGCUGGGCCUCAUGGGUUUUCCCAGAGGGUGAAGACGACCACACACAACUGGGUGUCAGGGUAGCAUCGCAGAGAGGUUUUUCUCAACAUCACUCUACUGCUCACCUUCAUUCAGAGAGUGGAAUCCAAAGAAGCUUUCACCAUCAUUAUCCACAGAUCAGAAGAGGUUUAUCAAUCAUGUCCUGACGCAGAAAUAAGACGCAACCAUCACUGCAGUG